GAUUACAUGCCAUCUGUUGGAAAGUUAGAUCCAAGGGCUGUGAAGUGUGUGUUUGUGGGGUAUUCUGGGAAGCAGAAAGGCUAUAAGUGUUGGUGUCCAUCAGAAAAACGAAUGUUUGUGAGCAUGGAUGUAAUCUUCAGGGAACAAGUACCAUUUUAUGGGGAACCUGAUGAUUUAACCGAUGUCUUUCCUGAUCUGUUUUCUAGUGAUGUUUCAGAUCUGGACAACGGGACAGGGGGAGAAAAAGAAGGAGAAGAGAGCAAUUCUACACCAUCAAGAGAAAUGGUGGUUGGAGUAAUACCAUUGGAAGACAGAAAUGAUAAUAUAGAUGUGGAUCUUAUAGAAGGAGAACCAGGGCGAACUAUGCAAGGGGAGAGACAAAAUACAUCAACUGAAGUUAUGCGGUGGGCAAGACCGAAUGAAGAACAAAAUCUGCGGGUGUAUACGCGGAGACAUCAAACUGAGGAAGAACAUGUGCAGGGGGAGGAAAUUAGUCCAGCGGAGGAUGAUUUAGAAGCUCAAGUUCAAUCCGACGGGCAUGAUUCCAGUUCACAACCAUCAGCUUCAUCUCAUACUCCACUACCGGUCUCCACAAGCGAUGGAAGCGAAGCAAUACCCAGAAUGGAGGGCGGCAAUGUUAGAGGAAAUGGCAGCACUUGAUAAGAACCAAACAUGGGUACUUACUUCUCUCCCUGUAGAUAAGAAAGUUGUGGGUUGUAAAUGGGUAUUUACAGUUAAACAAACUCCAGAUGGUAAGGUGGAAAGAUAUAAGGCUAGGCUAGUUGCAAAAGGGUAUAGUCAAACUUACGGAGUG